UUCUUCGCUCUCAAAGCAAAAGCGGAGCUCGAUUUGUAGGAGAAAGCAAAAUGGGCACCGAGAAGAAGAAACACAGAAGAAGCUCAGAACCUUCUUCUCCGCAACGAGAUGAAGUGAAGAGGAAACGACAUAGAAGUGAGGAAGACGAGAGAGAGGGAAAGAGGGAAAAGAAGGACGGUUCCAGGAAGGAGAAGAAGCAUAAAUCUCAUAAAUCUUCCAAACGCCGCUCUGAUAAAGAGAAGUCAGGAGAAAAGCAUAAAAGUAAAAGCCACAAGCAUAAGGAUUCCUCAAAGUUAAAGUUUGAAGAACUGACAAAGGAUGACUAUUUCUCAAAGAACAAUGAGUUUGCGGCCUGGCUGAAGGAAAAGAAGAAUCUGUUUUUCAUGGAUCUUUCGUCUGAGGCUGCACAUGAUUUAUUCUUGGACUUUGUCAAGGAAUGGAACAAGGGAAAGCUUGCCAGCGAAUACUAUGAAGGCAUAUCAACUGGGCCACGAUCAUCUCACAAGUGGAACAUCAAACAGUAAGCAUGCCAGCCUCUUUGAAUCAGCAGAGAAGUCAAGUUAUCAAUAUACAUUAUACAUAGGCUUGUGUAACUCUUUGUUUACAUUGAUGUUUUGAUGAGAACUAGGCAACUAGCAUGACUGGUUUAACAAGAGCUUUUUGCUCAGCAUAUAUUUAUGUUGUCAUCUGUAAUCCUAUAAUUCUAUUUUAAUUUUUUUGUUUAAGAGUUGUUCACACAAUGAAAUUUUGGAA